UCACGUUUUAGCGCGAGCCCCCCGCCCGAGGCUUGCCUGUGUCUGUCCCUCCCUCCGCCCAGCUGUUCCGCCGCCUCCCCCCGCCGCCGCGGAUGGACUGUACAUUCCUCGCUCCGGAUCUCCGUACUACGGAACGCAGCGGCGGGGCAGCAACGCGGGACACGGGGGAUUUAUUCACCUCAUGACACUUUCCGAGGACACGCAAGGUCAAUGUUGGGUCGCGGCGUGAAGAGGAAGUGGAGCUGCCUGGAGGAGCUGGAGCUGCUCCCCGGCGCCGCAGUGCCGGAGGAGAAGAGGCAGAACCUGGCGGCGGGUGGAGGCCACGAUCCGUCCAUGAGCCGCCUGCAGCAGCGUCAGCUGGUGCUCAGCCUCUGCGUGGAGAAGCUGCAGCACUACCAGGCCGGCGUGGAGCUCAGCCUGCGGCGCUCGGUGCUGCUCAUCAACACCCUGAGACAGAUCCAGGAGGAGAUGCGGAGCGACGGGACCGGAACCUGCACCCCAGAGGUUCUCCUCCACGGCGUGGAUCCGGACUCCUACCUUCUUACGGACGACAUGUCAGUGACGUGCUCGGGGUGUGCGGAGGGGGACAUGGAGAGCCUUUCUCUGUCCCCCCCAGCGUCUCCGGAGCCCGCCUCUCAGGACGCCGAGCAGCAGAAACCUCUGCCCACCGCAGUCAGUAACACUCUUAGCGACGCGGGAAGCGCCGGCGGUUAUCUCAGUGACCUGGCCCUGGACGACAUCUUUGAGGACAUCGACACGUCCAUGUACGAGAGCUCGGACCUGCUCUCAGCCUGGGCGGCGGGCUCCCUGUGGCCCGUCACGUCCUCGCUCUGGUGGGACGAGGACAUGAAGCUGCGCCCGGCCGGCCAUUCCUCGGCUGGAAGCCUCCAGUCGUGCCUCAUGGACCUGAACGAGCUGGACCACAUCAUGGAGGUCCUGGUGAAGUCCUGAUGAGCAAAGUGCUGGACGCUGUGCACCUGGUUCUGCGUUCUGAGACGUUUGAAUCGGUCUGAAAAGGCAGGAAGGAGCCACAGAUGUGGGACUCGAACUGCAGACGACAUAUUUAUUGUAGAUUCUCCUUUAUGGAUUUGUGGUCAGAAACCAAAAGCUUCUGGAUUUUUCUGACAAAACUCAAUAAUUUAUUGGUAAUUUUACAGCAAAAUGUAUAUUUUAUGACAAAGUAUUUUAUACCCGUUUCUAUCAGAACCAAUGAUGUAAAAAGAGAUGGACAGGAAGUAUGUAGCCGUUCAGGAGCGGGAGCAGCUCGUCAACCAAAGAUGCUCCUUCCUCCAGCGCCUCUGCAGAAUCGCAGGCCGACUCUCCCUCAGGUGUUUCCUGACGUUUUCUCCCGGUUUUCCUCGGAGCGUCUGCAGCUCCGAUGAAGGCCGGCGCUCCAGAGCUGCGUGCAUCCGCCAGGCUGCCGGUUAAUUAUUCAUCCCGGUCCCUUCAAUUACUUAAGAGGGCCCGCUUCAGGCAGCCGCGGGGGGCAAAGGCCUCGCUCUGCUUUCACUGAGAAGUUUCUGCGGCGCCUCGCCGGGACUUUCAGCUUUUUUAUGCGCCAUGCAGCUGUUUGGACUUUUGAUGGAUAUUUAUUCAGCCAGAACUUUAGCAGAAAGGCAAAGGAGAUGGGAAAGGCGGCGGACAUGUCUGCUGCUUGUAUCUGUGAAGGCAGAAUCAGCCGCAGACGUCUGUCCUGUGCUGGACCUGCUGCUGAAUACCUCUUUUCUCAUUGGUGACUGGGAUCGGGGCCGGCGGCGUUCCCGUCCUGCAGCAGCAGCAGCGUUUUUGUGUGUUUCUAUGUCCGUUCUGGCUGUAGAUCAGGAGCUGCUGAACGUUCAGGAAUCUUGUCGCAGAAUUGUAACCGUUUCUGUGUUUUUAUGGCAUUUGUGGUUUUCUAUUCCAACGUCGGGAGUAUUUUCAACCGUGUUUACGUGUUUCUAUCUGAAACACGUAAACACGUGUCCAGCAGGAGAGAUUUGGAGCGGGAUGAGGCCCGUUCCUGACCUCUGACCUCAGCGUCUGCUUUACGCCUGAUCUACCUCCUGGCUGAUGAUGGUUUACCUGGACACACCUGCUGCCCUUCCUGAGCCACGAUCCCUUUUCUCGGUCCAUCCGUGGGGGUUUGAACUUCGGAAACCAGGCGGCGCUUUGCUCGCCCGCCGGCCAAUGUUCCCCCUUCGUCCUGCUGCUGAAACUGUGCCUUACUACUGAGACGUACACGUGCGUUAGCGUCCCAGCGUCAGCUCGGCUGCAGUCAGCUGUUACAUAAAAGCGCUCAAACUGCCUUUCCUCCCUGGGCUCGGUGGUUUUCUGAGCUGGCUGAACACUACAGACACAGCAGCUUAAUGCAUGCUGACAGGCUGACGGCAGCUAGCUGAGGGAGGAGGUGGCAGGGGGGAGGAAGGGAGGUGGAGGAGUGUGGGAGGAAGCAGCGUACGUCACUUGCUCAUGAGGAGGAGGAGGAGGAGGAGUUUGGAGCUUGUUUUGGUCAGACUCUGACACCGACCAAUCACAGAGCAGCAUGAGCUCUGCUCAGCGCUGCAACGACAUGUUUUUGCUCCCAGUGAAUCCACAGUCAGUCAGUAAAAAAACACUUUGUCUGCCUUGUGGGUUCAGAACAGCAACAGCAGGAGGAGGCGGAGUUAUUUAUCUCCAGCAUCAAUGUUUGAUCGUCAACAGGAUGUGUCACUGAAGGAUGUCUGCUGGCCUGUUCAAAAUGUAUUUUUUUGUGGAAUAUUUUAUAGAUUUCAUUCAAUAAUCUAAUAAAAGAAUUUCAAACAUUC